CGAGCAACAUAAUGUGCUACCAUGUCGAGAUCACGAAGCGAGGGAAGUGCAAUACCUUGUUCAACAGCGACAGCGACGGCAUCGCCGUCGCCAUCGAUGGCCAAAGGGUCUGGAAGGACCAAAAAACGGGAGCAGAGAAUGACAAGUGCUAUGCAGCAGAGGACGAGGCCACGCGCAGAGGAGGAGCUCUUGCCAUCGAGGGACUUCAGGAUACCAAAAAAUUUGACCACAAGCGGCCGGAGACCGUUGACCGUUGUGCAAUAUACAUGCAGAAGGGAAUGCAGGAAGAAACACGGGGACUGAGGAGGAACGGGAAACUCGGAUGCUGCGCAAGACAAUAAACGAAGCAGUGCGCUGGACAGAGAACAAGGAAAAGAAGAAAUUAUGCAGAACCGUAGAUGCAGGGGCAGGGACGGAAUACACUGGACUUCUCGCAAUUUCUCGGCGCCCACCACGCGUUUCGCUACUCGCCGCCGCCGCCGCCACCGCCACCGACAUAUCCUGCGCCGCUGUCUCAGACGUAUUUUCCCGCGUCGUAUACCGCAUAUUCGUCCACUUUCACGUAUUUUGGGCCACCGGAAUAUUACAGAUUCUAGACUGAGAAAACUUUGUUCAAGUUCUUAUAAAACCAGUCUUACAGAUGUCAAACUUUGUUCUGUUUUUUUCAAAGAUAUUUUCACUUUUAUUAUUGUGUCUUUAGUUUGUUGUAAAAUGUAAAAAUUUAUUUUCUUGUAA